GAUACCGAUGAAAGCGACGUCGAUGUUCUGCAACGAAAGCUGGCUUGUGAAUUUAGUUUAUGAAGGAAACCCAUAGUUAUGAGAUGCAAUAUAUUCUCACCUAUGAAUGUAUUUUGCGCGGAGUUUGCUAGCUAUAUUCUACAAUAGUUUGUUUGUCAACGGUGACUGAAUCUCCAGCUAGCUAACGUUACUUCCAUAAGCUAGCUAGCAAGUUGCUAUCGUUUGCUCUCUAACAUUGCUAGCUGGCUAAUGUUAGCUUUAGCAAGCACAUUCUAGUGAACGUGUGUUGGGUCACUUGGCAGCAACGAUGUUUAUUUAUCUCAGUAAGAAGAUUGCCAUCCCCAACAACAUACGGCUGAAGUGUGUGUCAUGGAACAAAGACCAAGGCUUUAUAGCCUGUGGAGGGGAUGAGGGUCUUCUCAAAGUCCUUAAGCUGGAGACACAGACAGACGAUGCCAAACUCAAAGGACUUGCAGCACCCAGCAAUUUGUCAAUGAAUCAGACACUUGAAGGCCACAGUGGUGCAGUCCAGGUUGUGACGUGGAAUGAGCAGUACCAGAAGCUCACCACGAGUGACCAGAAUGGUCUCAUUAUUGUGUGGAUGCUCUACAAAGGCUGCUGGUACGAGGAGAUGAUUAACAACAGGAACAAGUCCGUGGUGAGGAGCAUGAGUUGGAAUGCAGAUGGCCAGAAGAUUUGUAUUGUUUACGAGGACGGGGCAGUCAUUGUUGGAUCUGUAGAUGGUAACCGAAUCUGGGGGAAAGAGCUCAAGGGAAUUCAGCUCGCUCACGUGGCCUGGUCGCCAGAUAGCAAGAUCCUGCUUUUUGGGAUGGCCAAUGGGGAAAUCCACAUCUACGACAAUCAGGGAAACUUCAUUAUGAAGAUGACGGUCAGCUGUCUGCAUAACGUGACAGGAGCCAUCAGUAUCGCAGGGAUCCACUGGUACGCAGGGUCAGAGGGCUACGUGGAGCCAGACUGCCCCUGCCUGGCCAUCUGCUUCGAUAACGGACGGUGUCAGGUCAUGCGAUACGAGAGUGAUGAAAGCCCAGUGUUCAUAGACACACUGAUGAACGUGGCCAGUAUCCAGUGGAACCAGUGUGGCAGCGUGCUGGCUGUGGCAGGCUCCCUGAGGGGCAUGGAGAAGGAGGUCAACGUGGUGCAGUUCUACACCCCAUUCGGAGAGCAUUUGCGAACAUUGAAGGUACCUGGCAAGCAGAUGACAGAGGUUGCUUGGGAAGGGGGAGGACUGAGGAUUGGACUGGCUGUUGACUCCUACAUUUACUUUGCCAACAUAAGGCCCGAUUACAAGUGGGGCUACUGCUCCAACACAGUGGUGUAUGCCUAUACCAAGCCUGACCGGCUGGAGUACUGUGUGGUGUUCUGGGACACCAAGAACAACGAGAAGUUUGUCAAGUACGUCAAGAGCCUCAUGUCCAUCACCACGUCUGGAGACUUCUGCAUCCUGGCCACCAAGGCAGAUGACACACACCCACAGGAGGAUGCUGACGUAGAGUCGGGAAAUAAUGCCAUGUAUGUGCUGGUUCUCUGUAACUCCAUUGGGACCCCACUGGAUUCAAAAUACAUUGACAUUGAUCCUCUGUUCGUGACCAUGACUAAGACCCAUGUGAUCGCUGCAUCCAAGGAGGCUUUCUACACCUGGCAGUACCGCGUGGCCAAGAAACUAACUGCCAUGGAGAUCAACCAGGUGUCCAGGACCAGGAAGGAAGGUAGGGAGAGGGUUUAUCAUAUUGAUGAUAGUCCAUCUGGGACCACUGAGGGCCCCCUGGACUUUGCCAAGGCCUUCACUGCAACACGAGACCCCAUUUGUUGCAUCACAGCAACAGACAAGACACUGAUUGUGGGCCGUGAGUCUGGUACCAUCCACAAAUACAGCCUCCCUAACGUUGCUCUGGUGCAGAAAUACUCCUUGAACUACCGGGCCUACCAGCUCUCACUCAACUGUACCUCCAGCCGCCUGGCGAUUAUUGAUAUUUCGGGAGUGCUUACGUUUUUGGACCUGGAAGUGCGUUCGUCUUCGGAUGAUGGCUCUGGAAGCCAGGCGGGGACAGGCGACCCCUCCAAGUUUGAGCGUAAGGACGUCUGGGACAUGCUGUGGGCCAAUGACAACCCUGAUCUGUUUGCCAUGAUGGAAAAGACCAGGAUGUACGUGUUCAGGAACCUGGACCCAGAGGAACCCAUUCAAACGUCUGGAUACAUUUGCAACUUUGAAGACCUGGAAAUCAAAUCAGUCCUGCUAGAUGAAAUCAUGAAGGAUCCGGAGAGGCCGAACAAGGAUUACCUCAUCAACUUUGAGAUCCGCUCCCUCCGCGACAGCCGCGCGCUGAUCGAGAAAGUGGGCAUAGAGGACGCCUCCCAGUUCAUCGAAGACAACCCUCACCCCAGACUCUGGCGCCUAUUGGCCGAGGCGGCCCUCCAGAAGCUGGACCUGAAGACGGCUGAGCAGGCUUUUGUCCGCUGUAAGGACUACCAGGGCAUCGAGUUCGUCAAGAGCCUGGGCAACCUGCAGAGCGAAGCCAUGAAACAGGCCGAGGUGGCGGCCUACUUCGGCAGGUUCGAGGAGGCCGAGAGAAUGUACCUGGACAUGGAUCGCAGGGACCUGGCUAUCAGCCUGAGGAUUAAGCUGGGGGACUGGUUCCGCGUCCUUCAGCUCCUGAAGACGGGAUCAGGUGACUGUGAUGAUGCCCUGCUGGAGCAGGCGUACAAUGCCAUCGGGGACUACUUUGCAGACCGACAGAAGUGGGUUAAUGCGGUCCAAUACUACCUUCAGGGGCGCAACCAGGAGAGGCUGGCAGAGUGUUACUACAUGCUGGAGGAUUACGACGGACUGGAACGACUGGCUAGUUCUCUACCGGAGAACCACAAACUGCUACCGGACAUCGGCCAGAUGUUUGUCACCGUAGGCAUGUGUGAGCAGACGGUAAACGCCUACCUGAAGUGCAACCAGCCCAAGGCUGCUGUCGACGCCUGCGUUCAUCUAAACCAGUGGAACAAAGCUGUGGAGCUGGCCAAAAACCACAACAUGAAAGAGAUCAACUCUCUUCUGGCCAAGUAUGCCUCUCACCUGCUGGAGAAGAACAAGCCUUUGGAGGCCGUGGAGUUGUACCGUAAAGCCCAUCAUUUCCUAGAAGCAGCUAAACUCAUGUUCAAGAUAGCGGAUGAGGAGGCUAAGAGGAGGACCCGGCCAUUGAGGGUGAAGAAGCUGUAUGUGCUGGCAGCCCUGCUAGUGGAGAACUACCACAGCCAAGUGAAGACCUCCCAGCAGAACAAGGCCAAAGGGAAGACGUCAGAGGCUACAUCUGCUCUAGCUGGCCUGCUGGAGGAGGACGCCACCUCCUCAGACAACCGCAUGGUGGACAGCGCCUGGCGUGGGGCCGAGGCCUACCACUUCUUCCUGCUGGCUCAGAGGCAGCUGUACGAAGGCUACAUGGUGAAAGCCAUGAAGACAGCUCUCCACCUACGGGACUACGAGGACAUCAUCCCAGUGGUUGAGAUCUACUCCCUGCUGGCCAUCUGCUCAUCAGCCAACCGGGCUUUCAGUACGUGUUCCAGAGCUUUCAUCAAGCUGGAGUCCCUGGAGAGCCUGAGCCCUGAGCAGAGACAGCUCUAUGAAGACCUGGCUCUGGAGAUCUUCACCAAACACAGCCCCAAGAACAACCACAUGUCUGGACUGGACAACGCUCCUGAGGGGGCUGAGGGGAAGCUGCCCACCUGCAUCGUGACCGGCUGGACCAUCUCAGAGUACCAGUUCUGGAUGUGCAGCGUGUGUAAGCACUGUGCACUGGAAAACGAGAUUGGCAGCCACAACUUCUGCCCUCUGUGCCACAGCUCGCUGGCAUAAAGUCCAAGAUCUUUAUGUCAAUCAGUACUGCAAACUUUUGAGUUUCCAAGGAUAAGCCCCAAGAACAGGGCAGGUACGACGCAUACAUUGGCUCACACUACACUCAGGCUAACUAAAUACGGUGCCUUCAGAAUUCAUUUAUAGCCCUUGAUUUAUUCCACAUUUUGUUGUUCAAGCCUGAAUUCAAAAUGGAUUUUUAAAAAUUCUCACCCAUCUACACACAAUACCCCAUAAUGACGAAGUGAAAACUGGUUUUUAGAAAUGUUUGCUAAUUUAUUGAAAAUGAAAAAUAGAAAUAUCUAAUUUUACAUAAGUAUUUACACCACUGAGUCAAUACUUUGUAGAAUCACCUUUGGCAGUGAUUACAGCUGUGAGUCUUUCUGGGUAAGUCUCUAAGAGCUUUCCACAUCGGUACUGUGCAACAUCUGGCCAUUUUUUAUUUAUUCUUCAAGCUCUGUCAAAUUGGUUGUUGAUCAUUGCUAGACAACCAUUUUCAGGUCUUGCAAAUAGAUUUUCAAGUAGAUUGAAGUCAAAAUUGUACCCCGGCCACUCAAGAACAUUCAGUGUCUUCUUGGUGAGCAACUCUCGUGUAAAUUUGGCCUUGUGUUUUAGGUUAUCAUCCUGCUGAAAGAUUCAUUAAUCUCCCAGUGUCUGGUGGAAAGCAGACUGAACCAGGUUUUCAUCUAGGAUUUUGCCUGUGCUUAGCUCCAUUUCUUUUUUUUAUCCUGAAAAACUCCCCAGUCCUUAUCGAUGACAAGCAUACCCAUAACAUGAUGCAGCCAGCACUAUGCUUGAAAAUAUGGAGAGUGGAACUCAGUAAUGUGUUGUAUUGGAUUUGCCCCGAACAUAAUACUUUGUAUUCAGUACAAAAAGUUAAUUGCUUUGCCACAUGUUUUGCAGUAUUACUGUAGUGCCUUGUUGCAAACAGGAUGCAUGUUUUGGAAUAUUUGAAUUUCUUCUUUUCACUCGGUCAAUUAGGUUAGUAUUGUGGAGUAACUACAAUGUUUUUGAUCCAUCCUUUUCUCCUAUCACAGUCAAUAAACUAACUGUUUUAAAGUCUCCAUUGAACUUAUGGUGAAAUCCUUGAGCAGUUUCCUAGCUGUCCGUCAACUGUAUCUUUGUAGUGACUGGGUGUAUUGAUACACCAUCCAAAGUGUAAUUAUUAACUUCACCAUGGUCAAAGGGAUAUUCAAUGUCUGCUUUUUGAUUUUAAACCAUCUACCAAUAGGUGCCCUUCUUUGCGAGGCAUUGGAAAACCUCCCUUGGUCUCUGGUCUUUGUGGUUGAAUCUGUGUUUGAAAUUCCCUGCUCGACUGAGGGACCUUACAAAUAAUUGUAUAUGUGGGGUACAGAGAUGAUGUAGUCAUUCAAAAGUCAUGUUAAACACUAUUAUUGCACAUAGAGUAAGUCCAUGCAUCUUAUUAUGUGACUUGUUAAUCAAAGUUUUCCUCCUGAAAUGAUUUAGGCUUGCCAUAACAAGGGGGUGAAUACUUAUUGACUCAAGACAGCUGUUCAUUUUCUUUAUUGAUUUGUAAAAAUGUCUAAAACAUAAUUCCGCUUUGACAUGAUGGGGUAUUUUGUGUAGGCCAGUGACCCAAAAAUCUCAGUUUAAUCCAUUUAAAAUUCAACCUGUAACACAACUAAACGUGGAAAAGUCUAGGGGUGUGAAUACUUCCUGAAGGCACUGUAAUUCCGUCCUUAUUGUAAGUGUAUUGGAGAUCUGUGAAUCUGACAGAUCCAUGUCAGCCAGUCCAGUAGUCAGUACUUCAUUUGUUUUGCAUAACAAAUGUAUUGAUUAUGGAUUGGCAUGGGGUGUCAACAUGAUGGAGCUCUGUCUAUUAGAUAAAAUACUUCAAAUAGUAGCCUGAUACAGAACUCAAAGUGUUAUUAUAUUCAUCAAUUUAUUUAAACUUGUUUUCCAUUUAUCUAGCACUAAGGUUUCCAGGGUGUUUUUUAUGUUCAUGUGGUUUGCUACAGUUGUUUGUUGACAGUACAUAUCACACAUCUAUUUUUUAAAACUCUUAAGCAGUGAUGUUCUCUUAAUUUUAAAGGUUUUAAAGACUCAAAUGUUUUUGUGACAUGUCGACGCAUACACAUUUUGUGCAACUGGUUUCAUAAAACUGUUACUCUUAAUUUUUACUGAACAAAAUAUUGAAAAGGGACCAAUUUUAGUAUAUUGUCUUGACAUAAUUAAAUGGAAUGUCAUUUGAUAUUGAUAAAAAUGUAUAUUAAAUGAAAUAACAUACGA